CUAAAGCUAUUUGUCGAUUAUAAUCUCCACGUUUUUAUAUGAUUAUAUUGAUAUUAUUGUAAAUAAUUAUUUUGCAGAAGAAAAUUUGAAGUAUGGGAAUAUUAGGACCUCGUUUAAAUUGUAAAAAAAAAAAAAGUCGCUGGAUAAAAGGACAGAGUUCGAAUUCAAAUCCAAAAACAAAAAAAUUUCGAAAUCAAGCACGAUCCUGCUUUUUCCAACAAAAUCUUGGUUCCACAAGUUUUACAAUAGAUACUUUAAAGAAACAUGACACUGUUCAAGGAAUCCAAGAUGCAAUUAAUAACAUUAAAAUUGAUAAAAAAGAAAGUUCAAUCGAUGGAAGUACUUUUACUAAUACUUGGAGUAAUUGUUCUAAUAUUUCUUUUAAUCGAUUUUUAUGUCAUUUUCAAUCAAAUUCAAUAAUACACAAAGAAAUGCUUGCUGUGUUGGCAGCAGUUACUGAUGUUAUUAAACAAAACAAGGGUACAGAGUCAUCAACAGAAUAUUACGCAGCUCUUAUAACCAUUUUGAAAGUGGCUGAUACACAAGAAUCUAUUUCUGCUAUUCUUUCACUUUUAAGUAUGGGAAUGAAAACAGUACCUAAAAACAUAUUAAAAUUGCAAUUUUGUCAAAUUAGUUAUAUUUUUUUACAAAUAUUAACUAAAUAUACUUCAGAAGAUAACUCUUUCAUCUUAAAAUCUUGCAUUUAUUGUCUUUCUUAUUUACUAAAAAUUCAAGAAAUUUCUGUUUGGACAAAUGCUUCUACAAUACAGAUUUUAGAUAUUUUUUUGGCUUUUACAUUUCACUCUAAGCCAAAAGUAAGAAAAGCAGCACAAAAUGCUGUUUGCUCUAUUUUAAAAGGUAGUGACAUUAUGAAAACAGAUAAUCCUCCUUUAUUUCAUCCAGCAGUAUCUCAAAUAGCUCAGCAUUGUAUUGCUCAAAUACAAAUAACUGGUCAAUCAGGGCAAAUAAUGAAUACAUUGCAUGUAUUAAAUUUGCUUAAAGAUAUUAUUUAUCAGUUACCAAAAUUUUUUAUAAAGGUUUUAUGUAAAGGACUAUUUAGUAUUAUGACGUUGAAUAAUAUUUUGAUGACAUCUUGUUGUCUUCAAACAUUACACAGUUUAUUUUUAUCAAAGCCAACUGCAGUAACUUUACCAUCACAAUUAAAUGCACAAAUUAUAAAUGCACUAUAUGAUUAUCAACCUGCACAAGGAGAUACACAACCUACAUUAGCUUGGCUAGCAGUUAUGCAAGAGGCAUAUUGUAAUUUAGCAAUGUAUUUUCCAGAACUUUGUGCAAUAAAUAUACCAAGAAUAAUAGAAAAAUGUAUGGAACUCUGGCUCUCAGAUAAAAAUGAUAUUCAUAUUGGAACAUCGCAUACUUUAAAAGCUCUUUUUGAAAUAUGUAUUGCUUCAAUCUGUGAAAAUGAAGAAUUAUCACAAAAAUGUAAACCAAUAUUAAUUAAAAUAAUACACGUUAUUAAACAAGGAUUGAAAUAUCAGUACAUUGCUGCAUGGCAUUACAUACUUCAUCUCAUACCUUUAUUGUUUACUAUCAUUGGAUCAAUUUGCCAAACAGAAUUAGUAGAGAUUAUAGUCAUUUUAGCAGAACUUAGAGAUUCUUACAACUUUUCUUAUAAUGUAGAAAUAGAAUUUGCAAUAGGUGCAGCAAUAAAAUCUUUAGGUCCACAAACAGUAUUAACUGCUGUUCCAUUGCAGACUUCAGAACAUCAAGUUAAUUUAAAACGCAGUUGGCUAUUGCCAAUUUUAAAGGAUUGUAUUAGUCACUCGUCACUUGAUUAUUAUAUUCAUCAUUUACUUCCAUUAGCUGAAUCCUGCGAGAAAAAGUAUAAAGCUUUAAAAGAAAUUAACAAUGAUAUUGGAGCUCAUAGUCAUGAAUUAUUAAUAUCACAAAUUUGGGCUCUCUUGCCAAGUUUCUGCAAUAAUGCACCAGAUAUAAAAAAAAAUUUUAAGAAAAUAGCAAAAACAUUAGGAAUAAUAAUUGGUGAUAAAAAAGACUUACGUUUACCUGUAAUGGCAUCAUUACGAAAAUUAAUUACAAGGUCGAUUGAAUAUAACAAUCAAGAUGAUGUUGAAGAACUUGCUGGGUUUGCAAAAAAUUUUUUACCUAUUCUAUUUAAUUUAUAUACUAUUCAACCUAAAGGUUCUGAUGAGGAAGGGCAUAAGCUCUCUUGUUAUGAAACAAUCAAGAUUUAUUUAAAAAUUACUAAUGAACAAUUAAUUGGAGAAUUAUUUGAUAAAGCAUUGGAAAAGUUGUCUGAAUCCAAGGAAACCGAUUUUUUUAAAGAGAGUAUUUUUGAUUUAGUAAGAAUUUUAUGUCAAUAUACAGAUAUAAAUAGAGUGAAAAUAUUAUAUAAUAGAUGCGUACCCUUUUUUUUGGAUAUAAAAAAACAAAAAGAGCAAAAAAAAGCUUAUAGACUUUUAGAAGAAAUAUGUUCCAAUAAAAAUAAAGCAUGUCAAAAUUUUGUUCAAGAAAAUCGAAAAUUAAUACAAAAAGUAAUUACAAAAUCUUCACUAACAGUGCAAAAACUUAGCAAAGGGGUUCGCAUUAGAUGCAUAACUCAUCUGGUAAAAAGUCAUCCACAAAUAGAACAGACAAAAUUUUUAAAAGCAAUUAUACCAGAGGCUGUCAUGGGUAUUAAAGAACUAAAUGAAAAAUGUAGGUCAUCAUCUUAUACAUUGAUUAACACAGUAGCUGAAAAAUUAAUAGGUAAAAAAGAUUUUGAAGAUUACAUAAAUAUUCUAAUAAUUGGGCUUAGUAAUACUGUUACUUAUUGUAGUGCAUCACUACUUGCUCUUUCUUCAAUUAUGUAUCAUUAUAAUGGUUCAAUGAGUGCUCAGUCAAUAGAAAAUAUACUGGAUCUAUCUUGUUAUCUUAUUAUUCAACCAAUGCGAGAAAUUGUGUUAUCCGCUCUCACUCUUAUAAAAAUAUACCUUUCAGUAAUAGCUACACCUAUAAUAGUGUCUAAUAUAUCAAAAAUUAUGAAGGGAUUAACAUGUAUGACAGAUGAUUGUAAAGGGCAUUUUCGACUAAAAGUACGUGAUAUUAUCACGAAAUUAAUAAGAAAAUUUGGAUCUAAUGUUAUAAUUAAUAUGAUACCUAUUUCUGAUCAAAUUAUGCAUAAGAGGUUGAAAAAUAUUUGUAAAAUUGAGAAUAAAAAACUCAAAUUCAAUGAACAAAGAAAACAUACUAAAAAUAAGAGCGAAGAAGAAUUUACUGUUAAACGGAAAUAUAAAAGUUUUGAAGAAAUUUUGGCCGAUAGUGAUGAAAAACUUAGUAAUAGUGAUAAAAAAUUAAUUGAAACACAUAAACAUAAGUUAAAUAUAAAAACAUGGAUUCAAGAAAAUGAAUAUAAUAUUGUUAAUUUUAUUGAUUCUACCGUUACUAAAAAUAUAUCAACUACAAAUUCCAACAGUAACAAAACUCUCACGCCUAAAGUAGAAGAUGAGAAUUAUGGCUUUAAAAUUGCUGAUGAUGGUCGUUUAAUUAUUACGGAUGCUAUAAAAAAUGAAAAUAGUAGUAAAAAAAAAAAAAGUAUUAACUUACCAUUUAAAAAUGGAAAAAAUAAUCUUGGGGGUGUAAGCUCUAUACAGUCAACUGAAUCAUCUACUCCAUUACAAAGGAAACGUAAACUUAGUACUAGUGUAGAGAGCAUUGCUUCUAACACUACCUUCACAGUUUCAAAUUAUAAAGCCAGUGGAAUUGGAAUUCACCGUUCAUUAAAAAUCAAUAAAAAAGAAAAAAGACCUGGUGAAGAAUAUUGUUCAAAAAUGGGUUCUGGAGAUGUUAAAAGAAAGGGGAAACCUGAUCCAUACGCAUAUAUUCCUUUAAAACAAUCUACAUUAGAGCAAAGGAAAAUGAUGAAUUCUAAUAUUUUUAAAAAUCUAAUAUCUCGCAGUAACAGAAAUAAACAUAUUCGAAAAAAUUCAAGAAAUUAAACU